CACCCUUGAAUCUCAAUUUGAACUAAAAAAACUGGUUUUGUUUAGCGUAACGUCUCUCCUAAGAUUCACAAAACCCCAUAGAGUCAUAGACCCACAAAUGCCCACCUAAGGACUGUGUACGAAACAUUAUACGCCCCCAAUUCCCAUCCCCCAACGACUCUCUCUCUCUUCGCCGGAGAGAAAUAGAACAUCACUUCUGCCAAGCUUUCUCUCUCUUGGGACUUAGUUUCUCUCUCUAAACAGUAGUGUUUUGUGUGGCGUGUAUCUUUAAAAUGUGGAAUCCUCUACAGAUCCAUUAUGGGGUUUCGAGUUAUACUGGGAUUUCUUGAUUUUUUUUGCAGGUUCUGGCUAUGGAGAGAGACAGAGACUAGUGGGGUUUGUGGGUGAGUCUGUUUUGUGGGAGACGACAAUGUGAGGUGAGUCCUCAAUCUCUAGUUCGUGUAUGUGUGUGUGUGAUGAUGGUGGCUGCUAUUGCUGAAGCAGCUUCGACGACUGACCCACAAAACCCCAAAACCACCUCGCAAGAUGCGACCCAGGAGAACCCAAGAAGACCCCCAUUGUUGCCUUCCGAGAGAGACAACGGGGUUGGUCCCAAAAGACCCAAAUCGAGACAGGUCCCUUCAAGAUACAUGUCUCCUUCACCUUCCACAUCAAUAUCUUCAUCGUCUUCUUCAUCUAGAAGAUGCCCAUCUCCUCUCGUUUCAAGAAAUUCCACAGUAGCCUCGAACACGCCGGCUUCUCUGCCCAAACGGUCGGUGUCAGUGGACAGGAGGCGGCCUGUGGCUUCUCGAACCCUCACGCCUGUUCUCGAUUCCAAAUCGAGUAAUGCCGGUGAAGUUUCAGCUGCUACAAAGCUGCUAGUCACUUCUACCCGGAGUUUGUCAGUUUCAUUUCAGGGUGAAGCGUUUUCGCUUCCGAUUAGCAAAACUAAGGUGGCUCCACCGUCGCCGAAUUUGAGCAAUGUGAGGAAGGGUACGCCGGAGAGGAGGAGGACUAGUACCCCAUCGAGAGGGAAGGUUGAUGGUGCUGGGGAUCAGGUGGAGAAUUCAAAGCCAGUCGAUCAGCAUCGGUGGCCGGGGAGAACCCGGCGACCGAAUCCAUUGUCAAGGAGUUUAGAUUGUAGUGCUGUUGAGAAGAAGAUGCCCAUUGGAUCUGGGAAUGUCCUUAAGGCAUUCCAGCAAUCGAUGAUUGUUGAGAGUAGAAGGGCAUCGUUUGAUGGAAGAUUGAGUCUUGAUUUGGGCAAUGCUGAGAUGUUGAAAGCAAUUCGACAAGCCCCAGAUGGGAAUUCGGUAAAUGAGUCAUCUGUGCCUUCUGAUCUCACUGCAUCUGAUUCAGAUAGCGUUUCUUCAGGUAGUACUUCAGGAAUGCAGGAUAGUGGUGGAGUUGGCCAAGGACGAAGUGGGAAUCGCGGAAUUGUUGUUUCUGCGAGGUUUUGGCAGGAGACAAACAGCAGGUUGAGGCGGCUGCAGGAUCCGGGUUCACCAGUGUCCACAAGCCCUGGGUCAAAAAUGGUAAUCCCACCAAGGCUUGUUCAAUCAAAAAAGUUCCCAAAUGAUAAUUCAUUGUCAUCUCCAAGAACAAUGUCUUCUCCCCGAACGAUGUCUUCUCCUGUUAGGGGAGGCAUUAGACCUGCGUCGCCCAGUAAGCUCAUGACAUCAAUGAUAUCAUCUCCAUCAAGGGGAAUUGCUAGUCCAUCUCGGGUCAGAAAUGGAAUUGCAGGCACCAUUAGUAGUAAUUUUGGUGAGAUGCCUUCGGUUCUUAGUUUUGCUGUUGAUGUUCGGAGGGGAAAGGUGGGGGAGAAUCGCAUGGUUGAUGCACACCUGUUGAGGCUUCUGUAUAAUCGGCACUUGCAAUGGCGGUUUGUAAAUGCUAGGACAGAAGCCGCGUUGUUGGUGCAGAAACAUAGUGCAGAGAGAAAUCUGUGGAAUGCAUGGAUAACGAUCUCAGAUCUACGUGAUUCGGUCACCAAAAAAAGACACAGGUUACAAUUGCUGAGGCAAAAAUUGAAGCUAGCCUCCAUUCUGAAGGGACAAAUAAUGUGUUUGGAAGAUUGGGCUUCUUUAGAUAAAGACCUCUCAAUUUCUUUGCUCGGAGCAAUUGAGGCUCUGAAGGCUACCACUCUUCGUCUUCCCAUUGUUGGAGGAGCAAUUGCUGACAUCGGAAGCAUGAAGGAUGCUAUCAGUUCAUCAGUUGAUGUGAUGCAGGCAAUGGCAUCCUCGAUAUGCUUAUUCUUGUCGAAGGUGGAGGAAGUAAAUUCUUUGGUGGCUGAACUUGCCAAAGUGACUGCGAAAGAGCGUGCUUUGCUUGAACAAUGCAAAAAUUUCUUGUCCGUGUUAGCAGCCAUGCAGGUUAAAGACUGUAGUCUGAGAACGCAUAUAGUACAGCAUAAUCGUGUACGUACAGCCUGACAACACGUGUGUAGAACUAAUCUUACUUGACUAUCUACUCCAAAUGCUAACAUCACACCGAACUUCUCAACCUAGCAGAGCACCGGAGGUGGCACUGGAGGUAAUAAGGAUGAAAAUGACUAGUUUUGGCAUAUUGAUUGGCAUUUUUGGAACCUGUGGAGGCAUAUUUUCUGUCAAGUAUUCCAAGUAUCUUCGUGGUCGAAAUAUUGUAGGAAUUGGUCUUCUCCUCCGACUAAUUUUCUGUAUACGCAUACUUUUCUCCUUUCUUGAAGGAAAAAGCAAAAACUGAUGUAUAUAUAUGUAAUAUCUGGAUUAUUGUUAUUUAGCAGUUGGAAAACAUUCUUGUCUGUGUGUGUCA